AGUUCAUAGAGCCGAGGUGCAGGAUGUCCCGUUAAGGAGAAAAAAAAAAUUCUCCAGAGGAGCAGAAGCAACACAAGCGGACGGAGUGGAAGGAUCGCAGCCCCGGAGUAAACGGCAUUUACCACAUUUAAAGAUACUGUUAACCGAGGAAAAUGAGUUUUCCGACGAUAUUUAGUUGUCGUCGGGUUGUUCUCAAAUUGUUUUUGGUUCAGUUCAUCGUCUUUCAAGCAAUAUAUGCUGCCCCUUCGCCUAUUAUCAGGUUUCCUGGAGACGAUACUACCCCCAGAACAGACAAAGAAGUUGCUUUGCACUAUCUGAAUAAGUUCUAUGGAUGCCCACAAGACAGAUGUAACCUUAUGGUGCUCAAAGACACACUGAAGAAAAUGCAAAAGUUCUUUUCUCUGCAAGAAACUGGAGAGAUCGAUGCCAAAACUGUGGAGAUCAUGAAAAAGCCCCGCUGUGGCGUCCCAGAUGUGGCCAAUUACAACUUCUUCCACAGGAAACCCAUGUGGCAGAAGAAAGACAUCACCUACAGAAUUCUGGGAUACACUCCUGAUCUGGAUGAGGAAGUCAUAAACGAUGCUUUCUUCAGAGCCUUCAAAGUGUGGAGUGACGUCACCCCACUCUCAUUCGCCCGCAUCAUGGACGGAGAGGCUGACAUCAUGAUUAAUUUUGGCCGCAACGAGCACGGAGAUGGUUACCCCUUUGACGGCAAAGAUGGCCUCUUGGCUCAUGCCUUCGCUCCGGGGCCAGGAAUUGGAGGAGACUCCCACUUUGAUGAUGAUGAGCAGUGGACACUGGGAGAGGGCCAAGUGGUGAAGGUGAAAUUUGGCAAUGCUGACGGAGAGUUCUGUAAAUUCCCCUUCCUAUUCAUGGGCACCGAGUACAACAGCUGUACGUCCCAGGGCCGUGAUGACGGCUUCCUGUGGUGCUCAACCACCUACAACUUUGAUGAAGACGGCAAAUAUGGAUUCUGCCCUCAUGAAUUGCUAUUCACCCUGGGUGGAAACGCAGAAGGCUCUCCAUGUAAAUUCCCCUUCACCUUUCAGGGGGAGCAGUAUAACGAAUGCACCACCCAGGGUAGGGAUGACGGUUACCGCUGGUGCGCCACCACUGAGGACUAUGACCGUGACACAACCUAUGGGUUCUGCCCUGAAACUGCGAUGUCAACGGUGGGAGGAAACGCAGAAGGAAGCCCCUGUGUCUUCCCCUUCACCUUCCUGGGAAACACCUAUGAUUCCUGCACCUCAUCUGGACGCAGCGACGGCAAGAUGUGGUGUGCUACCACCAAGAGCUAUGAUGAUGAUCGCAAAUGGGGUUUCUGUCCUGACCAAGGCUACAGUUUGUUCCUGGUGGCAGCCCAUGAGUUUGGUCAUGCCCUUGGCUUGGAGCACUCUCAGGACCCCGGAGCAUUGAUGGCCCCCAUUUACACUUUCACUAAAGACUUCAGACUUUCUCAGGAUGACAUCAAAGGCAUCCAGGAGCUCUACGGUGUGCCAACAGACAAGCCUCUGCCUCCAACUCAGGGUCCAGUCACUCCAAUGGACAUCUGUAAGGAGCCAGUUGUCUUUGAUGCUGUAGCACAGAUCAGAGGCGAGACCUUCUUCUUCAAGGACAGGUUCCUGUUCAGGUCAGUCAACUUCAGAAGCAAGCCCAACGGUCCAAUGCUAGUGGCCACCUACUGGCCUGACCUGCCUGCCAAGGUGGAUGCUGCCUAUGAAAACCCAGUGGAGGAAAAAACAGUCUUCUUCUCAGGCAACGAGAUGUGGGUUUACAAAGCAGAUGAGUUGGAGAGAGGUUACCCCAAGAGGCUCUCCAGCCUUGACCUUCCCGCUGACCUGCAGCAAAUCGACGCUGCCUUCAACUUUAGGAAGAACAGAAAGACCUACCUAUUUGCUGGGGACAAAUUCUGGAGAUAUGAUGAGGACAGGAAGAGAAUGGACCCUGGCUUCCCCAAACUUAUUGCUGAAUCCUGGAAUGGCAUCCCAGACGGCAUAGACUCUGCCUUCAGUCUUAAUGGCAUUGAUUACAGCUACUUCUUCAAAGGCAACCACUAUUUCAAGCUGGAGGACAGCAGCUUGAAGAUCGUCAAGUUGGGUGAAGUCACAAAGGACUGGCUCGGAUGUUGAGCAUUUCCAAAAUGUCUCACAACUUGCAAAUUCCUGUAAUGAUGUCUGGCCUCAUGAGGACAUUGCUAUAGUAUUGUACAUAACUUGAGGUCGCCGCUGUGCACACUGUUGUAAGUUUUUAUCCUGGCAACUAUGCACGCUUCUGUGGGAGAUAUGUCCCUUCCGGCCUGUAUAACCAGCCUCCAGCUUUGUAGAAAGUCACCUCGGGACCUUCAACACAGGCUGAACAUAGGCAACUGGAUAUUUGCUAUAUUACUGUGUGAUAUUGACAUUGUAUUUGUUAUGCUGAUGCAGAUCUAUUACAAUAUGUACCCCCUGUUUUAUUGUUUUAUAGUUUUUUGUCUUCUUUUUUAAACUCAGACAUCAGGUAUGUCCACACUGCAUUAAACGCAGUGAUAUACUGUGCUGUGAGAUAUUGCCGUUUUAUGCAAAUUUGAUUCUGAGAGGCUGUUUUACACCAUAUGAGGAAUUCAUGUUGGCUUAGAAUGACUUCUUUGUCCAGUGUACUAAGUGCAGUUUUAUAAAUGUAUCAGUUUUAAGUAAUUAAUUUUCUCAUUGUUGAGCAAUACAUUUGAAAAAAUGAAUUUGCACAAUGUGUCUGACCGAAAAUGGUGCUUUAGAGAUUGCUUUUGCAUAUAGUCCUACACACACACAUAUAUAUAUAUGUAUUUACACAACUUAUAUUCAGUGUAACUAUGUCUGAUGGGACUACUUAGUAUCCUCUGAAUGUCAGAAAGUAGUAUUUGCAGGCACACAUUAUUCUUCAUUUGGUUAGCACUUUUUAUAGGACUAUACAAGGGAACUGCAUAAGAUGGAGACCAAAUUAUUGUCAUGGCAACUCCAUGUUGCAUUUCCCUUCACUAAUGGUACAGAAAGAUUAAAGGCACAGGUUGCCUCCUGAGGCUGUAUAGGUUUGCUGCAUGAUGGAAUCAUGACAAGAGUACCGCAGUAGUAUUGUUUAAUAAUCUUAUUUUUGUUUGUUUGUUUGUUUUUUUAUAUUCUCUUUUCUUUCUUGGGUUGUAGCAAUACAGUCAGUGUGUUUUGUUGUUUUUAAUGCUUGUGCACUUUGUUACUGUCAUCAAUAAAGAUGAAAGAUGGUCAAAAUUAUUUGGAACAGUGAUAAACAGAGGAAGAGCUCCGUAUAAUUUGCAGUGUUGUGGGUUGGAAACAAUUACAGGCCUGGUAAAUAUAGCAACCAAAUACUAAAUAACUAUGACAAGAAAAGGUUUCAAAUCAUUUUCUUCCUGAUAAAGUAUACCACAAUGUACAAGUAACCUAUUACAAGUAAAAGUCCUGCAUUCAAGUAAUUAGUAAGUAUUAUUAGCA